UUAUGCGAACCCUCUCUCUAGUAAAAGCCGCGUCAGGAGAAACCCUAGUAAGCUCGGCGGAGAAACCCUAGUAAGCUCGGCCAUGGCGAAGAACAGGAACAAGAAGAAGAAGUACAACGGCGGAGCCGUCGCCAUGGACGUCUCCGAUGAAGGCGCUCGUGAUGCUCCUCAACCUAUGGAUACAUCAGAAGGGAAAGCGACGAGUACGCCUCUUCUUGCAAUGAAUAGAAAAAUAAAAAAGGCACCCGCGAAGAGAUCUAAAAACGCCAGAAAGCUAAAAGCCGUUGCUAGAGCAGUCUCCAAGAACGAAAAAUCAGAGGAAAAGAUCUCAAAAAGAAAACACAAGCUGCUUAGAGUUCAAGCUGCCAAAUCCUUGUAUGAUUGAAGUUGAGUUCUGUGUCAAAAUUUCCUAAUUUGUGGGCUCAGCUUACAGGCCUAGCAGUUACAACAUCCAAAGCAGUUUUUGUGGAUUUGCUGCAAAAUGGCAAUUGGAUGUCUGAAGCUUUUUUUUUUUUUUUUUCUUUUUUGUUUUCUUUUUUCUGUAUUUAUUAUCCUUUCGUGUCACUGCAGUGGAGUAAUGUUAUAUAUUACAAUCAUAAUUAUAAAUUGAUUAUUACUUGGAAUACCAGCUAAACAACAUUCUCUUC